UACAGACAACGGUGCUCACGUGUGCGCGUGUGUGUGCCACAAACAAAGCGGAUUUCACCUUAUUCACAGUAGAGUUAGUGUCAGUCCUGUUUUAUUUUUCGUUCGUAACAGUCUGGCAGUUCCAGAGGAUCAGCAGAACAUAGUUGUGUAUUGUGAUUAUAAGUGAUUUGGAAGCGCAAUACCAAUUUCAACGGUAAUAGUGAUCGAAACGUUCAACAGGUUUUCAAAUUUUCAUACAGGACAGCAGGAAACAACCUUAAGAAACCUGAGUUUGGUAUAGAAUGAAGGUACACAUCAAAUCUUCGCUGGUAGUGUUGUGUCUGGUUGUUCUGCUGAUGCUGGUAGGAGACGCGAUGGCAAGACGUGGCCGCGCUCGAGGACGCACUAAAUCAAGGAUGCAAAUUGGUUUACCCAUCACAGGAAAGUACCGAGAUCCGGAAUCUGAUCAGUAUUAUAACAACAAUAAUGGAGCCAAAAUCACACUCGCCUCUCACUUUGAUUAUGAAUACGUGCUCGGACACAAAAUAGCGUUUUUGUGUGUUGCCCGAGGUACUCCCCGGCCAACAAUCACGUGGUAUAAGGACGGUGUGGAAAUUUUCAGUCAUCUUUACCUUCACGUCCAUGAGUGGUACAUCGGUAAAGACAAGGUAAAAUCCAAAAUCGAGAUCGAUCCUGCCACCCAGAUGGACGCUGGAGUAUACGAGUGUACCGCGGAUAACAUGUAUUCGAUUGAUCGAAGAAGCUUCAAGACAGAUUUCUCCAUUGCAUUCGAUUAGUGGCGUAUCAAGGCUGUGAACUGUGGUGUGUUUCUAGGGUUAGAUCAGGUCGAACAGCUGGUAUUGUUCAAACGAUGGAUUUUAUUGCUUCAGCUCGCAGAAAGUAUCAAGCUCAAUCUUAAAAUAGCUUUAGUAUUAUAUUGUGAAAAAUUACUCAAUGGAUGUUACAAAAUAUAACAAACAAAUAAUA